UAGAGUGUAUAUUUUUCAGGUACAGUCAAGAUGAAAGGAAAAGCUGGUCGUCAGUCACACAAAGCCACUAACACCUUUGUGUUUCGUGGUUUUGGUGAAAAAGUGCGAGCAUUGCGCGUCAGUGCCAGAAAAUACCUGUUGCAACGUCCCCAAAACACUGAAGGUGAAAAUACAACCUUUAUUUAUGAGGCAGUAUGCAAGGCUAAAGACCUGAAUGUUACUCAAGAGUUUAAGACAUUUCUGCGUGAGCUGGGAAAUGAAAUACAGACGACUGGUCAACUGGUGAUUCAUGAAAACCACAUUGCUAGCUGUAUAUCAACACACAUUAGCAAUCCAGAAACGUCAGCUCUUCAACCUGUAUGUGAUGUUUUGGUAGCUUUUGCUAAUGACCUUCCUCAAGAGUUUUACAGUAAACAUUUCUAUAACUUUUUGCCAAAACUCAUUGCUCAUUUAUCUAUGAAGGACCCAGAGGUGAUUGAAACAGUGUUUUUGUGUAUUGUAUCCUUAUUUGUUGUUUUACAGAAGUAUCUUUAUGAAGAUUUUUACACUUUGUAUCAUGUGAACAAGUUCUCACAUCUCCUUUCCAAGUCAUAUCCUUGGUACAUUAAUGAGCUUGCUGCUCAGAGUCUUGGAGUGUUAGUUCGUAAGAUUCCUAAGAAAAACUGGUUUAUUUCUAUGUCCCUGAGAAAACUCAAGAAAGAUGAAUCCCAGGUGGAAGGUUUGGGGCGUGUUUUUGCUUCAAUGAUGAAGUCGGAUGUUAUCCAAAGAGUUCAUAGCUGUACUCCAAAGAUAUUAGACAAAUUAUUGGAAAAUUUAAGUGGCAGUGAUGAAGUACCACAAGAACCAGCCUUGGAAACUGUUAAGUUUACAGUGUCUUUAUUGGCCAAAUACAUAACAACUCCUCAUCCAGAUAAGAAUGUUGCAUGGCAAACUUUAUGGAAGGAAGAUAAUUCUCUUGUGUGGCCAACUUUUUGGGACUGUACAAAAAGAUUGAUUUCUCAGGAUGAUGCAGAUACUCAUCGUCAUUUAAACUGUGUUUUGCAAGUACUUCAUGUCUUGUUAUCCCAUAAACAAGGAGCACUGAUAACAGAUGUAAAUGAUACAGUGGUUAAUUGUGUAAAUGUACUUGAAUCCCCACUACCAGACACUGUGGGAUAUACAAUGGCAGAAACUUUGGCAACAUUGCUAGCAUUCCCUGCAGACAAACUUAAUCACUCUGCCUUGAAGAGAAUUGUCUCUUCAUUUUUGUCCUGUAGUUAUUCUCCUGCUGUUAAAUUGAGUUUUGUGAAGCAAGUUACUAACCUAGAAAGGUUUGAUGGAGAAAUACUUAAUUUAGUUUUACCAUGCCUGGAGUGUAUGAUGGGUGAAAGUGAAGAUCAAGGUAUUGCUAGGAAUAUUUUAGAGUUAAUUGCUGACAUAACCAUUCAGAAACGACCUCCUUGCACAUCUGGGCAGGAGCUGAGUACCUGGAAUCCUUAUCUGUUAAACUUUGCUGUUCCUGGUUUAAAUGGACAGAUGUAUAUUGGCCAAUAUAUUGAGAAGGAAAUAAAGAAAGGUAUUUCUGAAAAACUUUCAAACCUUGAGGAUUUGUCUCUGUGCUUACUGUGUAUGCCUCAUAUAAUGCAUUUGAAAAACCAGGAAUUUACUUCAUUUUUGACCAAGAUUUUGGACAAUGCUAUGUCUAUGUUAAAAGAUGAAGCACAGAGAAUAGUUGACACUGUCGCACCUUUAAGCAAGAAAAAGAAGUCUGAAGUACCAGUUCCAGAAUUUGCUCUUGAUAUGAAUGUAAAAUCUGAAAUUCCUUUGUUUGCAAGACAAGUGUUAUUUUUGAUCAGUUUAGUGGUUGAAGUUAUGUCACAUACACUCUCAAAGGAAGAUUUUCUUGCAAGUUUAUGUCAGGUCAAACUUGAGGAACUGCUUAAGAAGAAAAACCACUAUAGAGAAAAUGUACAUAUCUUAAGAGCAGUUGAUAUUUAUUUUACUGUUGCUUCAUCUGUGAAUCAAAAGAACAUCAUGAGUGAAGAAUAUUUGAAAGAAAUUUAUACAUAUCUGGCUCCAGGCCUGGCUUCAUCAAACCCCCAGGUUCGUUUCCUAAUUCUUCAUAUAUUGUCAUUGUUUCCUAUAACCUUGGCUCCUUCAGAAAAUUCUGCUGAUGAUAUUGAGAAUGUUUUCCAAAUCUUGUUGAAAGCUGAGUCUGUACCCAUCACACCUUGGGAGUUUAGAGAUCGCCUCCGUUUUAUUACAAUGGUGGACGCUGAUCAUUUGAAACCACAUGUCCCAGUAUCAGGAGAUUAUAAUGAGGCUCCAUUGUUAUUUUUGAUUGGGCAGUUAUAUACAAAUUACCAGGACCUUUGGAAUCCAGUUUUGAAGACAAUAGCAGGCUUUGCUUAUUCUAUGCCACUUGAUGUAUUUUGGCCUCUUUGGUUUUCAAAGUUGAAAAUAGCUUCUCAUACAACACAAGAAGUUUUACUGAGAAAGCAGGUAGAUCCUGAUCAAGAUCUUCACCUAUCUUGUAGUGUCCUUUCUGAUGUUGAUUGCAUAUUAACACUGCAUUCAGGUUAUUCUAAAUUACCAUUAAAACCUAAUCAUUUGAAUUUCCGUGACUUACUUUGGAGAGCAAUGGACAAGUUCCCAGAUAUUUGUGAAAAUAAAAACAGGGACUUGGUACCAUUGUUCUUUGGUUUCUUGGAGAAAGAAUUUUUUCCUGUAGAUUUUACUGUGGCACCAACACAAGAUAUUACUUUUGAACGAGGGCAGCAGGAGUUUGUAAGUAGUGGAAAUGAUGAUGUAUCACAGCAACAUGAGGAUGGGACGGAAAUAGGUAAAGAUCUAGAAGACUUGGAGGAAGAUGAAGGCAGUGCUGAGUAUCCUAGAAGAGCAUCAGUCAAAUCACUCAGUGAGCAACUUACACUCUUCUCCAGAUUUCAUAACCCAAGGAUGCUUGCUCAGUCAAAAAAGCUGGAAUCUAUGUACCUAGAACUGUUAACACACCCUUCACCUUCGCUUCAAAAGCUAUCCUUUGACUGCUUAUUAGGUUAUAAUCAUGCUUUUUUAACUCCAUACAAAGAUCAUAUGUACAAAUUACUAGAUGACAAGUCUUUCAAGAAUGCUUUAACACUAUUUUCAAUUGAUGGGUCAGAGAAGACAUUAGAUGAUGAACACAGAAAAGAUUUCAUGCCAUAUCUGAUGAGAGUAUUGUAUGGAAAAAUGCACUACAAGACUGGCUCUAAUAGUGCAGGCAAAGGUAGGAUUAAUGUUCGUAAAGCUGUAAUUCUACGAUUUUUAGCUGGUGCUAGUGAGGAAGAGUUUCAGACAUUUCUUGACUUGGCAUAUGAUGUCAUACUGGGCCAUCUUAAUGGAUCUGCUUUAGAUAUUGUUAACAGAGGUAGAGAUGAUCUGGACCUCAAGAAUGUUGUGCCACUUAAUAGAUUGCAAGGAGCACUUACAACUAUGGAAAAUAUUAUUGAAAGAAUUGCAAAUAUAAUGACUGUAAAAAGAUCUUUACUCCUGAAAGUAAUUAUCUUCAUAGCAAAUUUAUCAUCUCUGAUUCUUGAACGACGUUCUGAAAUAAAGAAACGCCAUGUCUCUUAUUUGAAGCAUAUCAGACAACAGGCUCAAAAACAGAUUGUGAGCUUCUUUUCACUUAUUGAAGAUUAUGAGUGGCACUCCAAUGAAAUUGAUGCUGUGUUUGAAACUAUGGUUUGGCCUAAUUUGAGACGUUUACCAGAUGAAGGCCUCUCAUCACCUGUUCCACUUUUGAAUUUGUUUGAAUGUUGGGCGGAAAAUCCAAGGUAUUUCCCAUUACUAGCCAAGGUUCACAUGGAUGAUGUUACUCUGACACCACUGACUUACGUUGUAAAGCUUGUUUCUAAUGAGAAGUGCAGUAAUAAGGUAAGAGCUGUUGUUUUCAACAUGGUAGAAAAGCUUCUUACUCUGAAAGAUUAUGAGGAAACUCUGAAAGAUCAUGAGGAAACUACAUUAAAUGAAAAUGAUGAAGCCCUUCCUUUAGUGGUGUGUCCUCCUUUAGUGGAGGUGAAAAGAUUGAUGUCACGAGAUGGCCUCACACUGCAGAAUUAUGGUUCUGCCCUCCUUGUACCUCACUUGCAAGGGUUGCUACAGAGCAUGAAAAUAUUAAUAACAAAUCUUAGCAAAGGCAUUGCAGUUACACAGAGGGACCUGACAAUUCUUAGUAGUUUAACAGAAUGGUUUACUGACAAAGGUGUAAGUGAGGAACUUUUGACACUAAUAAUUCCUCUUAUUGUAAAUAAGCAUGUUAAGAAAGCUGAGGUCAUUGCACAAUUGCUUACAACGUGCUCUUAUUUGCUUCCUGUCAUUGAUAACAAUAAGCAGUUUGUACGUCCCUUAAUCUCGCAGUUUGGUUGCAUAGUGGACCGAGCAUCUCGUGAUGCAUUGUGCAAAGCCGUAACUGCCAUUGCUUCUACGAAUCCUGAAUAUAAGGACAUUGCAGACUUAGCAGCUAACCUCAAUUCUUGGAAUCCAAAGUUCAUUGAUGAAGUAGAUUAUGAACGUAGAUUAGAUGGCUUUAGACAGAUGAGUGAGUAUUGUAAAGGUACAGAAAAUAUAUCCAUUGAUUAUUGCCAGUUUUUAGUGUAUAGUUGUAUGUAUGUCAUAUCUCAUAUUAAUGACACAUCAUUGCGAGAUGUGUCACGCCAUUGCUUGGACCAGUUUAUUGAUAUGUGUGUGAGGUUGCAACCAGUUCAACCAUCUGAAGUGAAGCAAGUAUUGAUUGACCGAUUAUUAUCCUUGGUGAAGAGUGGACUGAAAAACCCCAAAGAUGAAGUAAGAACUGACAUUUUUUUCAUUCUUCAGAAAAUUGUUCAUAAAUGUCACUCGUUGUAUGAUAAGCUAGAAGACCUUUAUAAACUUGCUAGUGAGGCAGAUGAUGACGCUGACUUUUUCUGUAACAUGAUGCACAUUCAGAGGCAUAGACGUUCAAGGGCAAUGAUGAGGCUUUCAGAUAAGUUGAAGAAUGGCUCUCUCAUUCUUUCAGAAGACACCAUCACUGAAUACCUCUUGCCUGCUUUAAGAGUUUACUUAUUCAAUGAUGCUUAUGCAAAGGAUGAUCAUUUAAUACAAGCAGCAGUUCGCUGCAUUGGUGCUUUUGCUCUACAUUUGCCUUGGCAUGCUUACAUGAGACUGUUGAAAACAUACUUGGGUAUGUUCAAGAAAAUAAAUUUGAAAUAUCUCAAAGUUUUAGUCAAAUUACUAGAGUUAUUGAUCGAUGGUUUCCAUGAAGAGGUAGAGGAAGUUAUAAUAUUGGAGGAAAAAGAAGGAAAAAAUCUCAAGGAAAACACUGAGGUGAAAGGAAAUGACAAGUUGGUGAUAAAGGAGUCUACUUUAACUAAGAAUAAAGAGUUAUUCAAGAAAGACACAAAUAAACCAUCAUGUGUGGAGGAACGUAGUGAGAAGGCAAUUGAAGGAAAGACAGAAUAUAGAGAAGUUGAGACUGCUGAUCUUCCUUUGAUGCCUGAUGGAGAGUUACUUAACAGACCCCAGAAAAUUUACCUCGCUCUUGUGAAUAACAUCAUCCCACAACUGAAAAAAACCUUGGUUGUGAGAACUAGAUCUGAUGCAAAACACAAAGUGAACAAAAGUAAAUAUCCUGAAGAUGAUGACAUUAAACGUAUUCCAUUAGCAUUUGCUCUCAUCAAGCUCAUGAAAAAGCUUCCAUCAAAGGUUCUUGAUUCUAAUGUAAAUAGUGUGCUCAUGAAAAUGCUGACUUUCUUGAAGAGCCAAUCUCAAGCUAUAAGAGAUGAAGCUCGCAAUAUGCUAGUGAAAAUCAUGAUGGAAUUGGGUGGGAAAUACUUACCAUGGCUUGUUGGUGACUUACAAAGCAUUCUAACCAAAGGGUUCCAAACUCAUGUUCUUGUAUUUACCCUUCAUUCUGUAUUGUCACACAUUCGGCCAUUAUUAAAAGGAUCUGACAUAGAUAGAUGUCUGUUAGACAUGAUAGAAAUUUGUAAAGGUGAUAUCUUAGGUUUACAAGCUGAAGAGAAAAAAGUAGCAAAGAUAACAACGAAAGUGAAAGAAGCGAGGAAUGAUAAGAGUUAUGCAAUUCUGAGUUUUACAGCAGAAUUUGUUUCAGCACAAGCUCUUGCUAACCUUUUUUUACCCUUAAAAGAUGUUCUUGCUUCAACUCAGGAUAGAAAAAUAGUUAAUAAGAUAAUCAAAUGCAUGGAUGAAAUAGCAUCUGGUAUAGAAAAAAAUGAGAACAUUACACUUACACAGAAAUCUGUUUUCAUUUAUGGAAUCUUAAAUGAAAAGUUAGUUCUCCUUACUGUCAAAGGAAAAAAGAUAAAUAGAGAAGGGAAAGGAGAGAAGAACCAGCCUUCUGAUUGUUAUUUGCUUGAGCCUGAGCCUAAAAAAGCAAGACUUGUCCCAAAAACAACAUUUGAAACUACAUCUUUUGUGUUUGUUGAAUUUGCUCUUAAGCUUCUUGCAAGUUUGCUGCGAAAAGAAAAAUUUAAUCCACAGGAAGAAGACCAUAAAAAAUUACUUGAUCCAUAUUUAGAAGUCAUGGAAAAUUGUCUCAGAUCUGAGCAUCCUGAUAUUAGUAUGCUUGCAUUGAAGUGCAUCACUCUUCUUGUCAAGUACCCUCUUCCAUCUUUAAAGAAACAGCUUGUUAAUGUUUGUAAUGAGAUGUUUGUUAUUUUGCACAAAUUUUCUUCCUCAGAACUAGCAAAAGGAAAAGUGUAUGAACUUUUACAGCUGACAUUCAGGACUUUAGCAUUCAUCAUCAAAACUGUUGAGAGUUAUUCCUUGACCUCUGAGCAAGUGCGUGUAUUGCUACAGUAUGUCCAAGAAUCCUUGGAUGACAGCAGCCAUCAGACAAUAGUUUUUGCUGUCCUACAGGCUGUUUUAGCAAGGAAGAUAGAUGCUCCAGAGCUUCACGAACUCAUGGAGUCUGUGAAGAAAAUGAGCAUUGUAUGUACUCGACAAUAUGCUCUUAACCAAGCCAGAGUAACUUAUUACUCAUACUUGUUAACAUAUCCAAUGAAAAAGAAGAAAAUAAUAGCUCAAAUCCAUUAUUAUUUAGGCAAUUUAUCAUAUUCUAUUGAAGAAGGUCGACUUUCUGCCCAAAUGUUCAUUAAUGGAGUUAUUACUAAUUUCCCUGUAAAAUUGUUCACCAAGGAGCUGGAGACAAACUUUUGGUUGAAGAUAUCAGAACAAAUUGUCAAAGAGCAGUGCAAAGAAAACAGGUCUUUGCUUCAUAAGUCACUGAAGAUAUUAUUUGAAAGAUCAGAGAGGAAGUCAUAUUUGAUUGAGCUGUGCAUGAAAUUGCUGGGUAAAGAUGAUGAAGACAUAGAAUCAUGUGCUGUGGCUAUACAGUUAAGCUGUAAAUCAUUAAGUGCAUUUCUUGAUGUGUCAUAAAGAAAUUGCCCAAAA